UGAUUUCCCCGGUUUAGUUCCAUUCGUGACAGCCAGCGUUAUACAACAAAAUGUCUACACCAAUUGGAUUGUACUUGUUGCUUAGUUUCCUUUUAGUUAUCUGCCUACAAGUCAUUCUCUGCGAUGAUGUACCAUCCGCAGAGGCUGAUACAGUCAUCACUCAAAGUGAACCAACCCACACAACGCCAGACGACUUUCAUCUAUAAUGGAUAUGUUUCGAUUAAGGCCCCCCACUUUUAAUAAAGAAAUCAGCCCGUCAGCAGGUUUUACUUAGUCGAAUCAAGUGCUGGGCACCGCUGACACAAGGAAAUUGCAUAAUUAUCAGACCAAAGUCAAGUUCACAGUCACAUGUGCCAUUAUACUUAUUGUUG